AUGGUGCUGGAGGUACGCCCCAACUGCGAGUACUGCGACAAGGACUUGCCGCCAGCAGCCGUCGACGCACGCAUCUGCUCCUACGAGUGCACCUUUUGCGCAGACUGCGCGGAGAAGACGCUGGAGAACGUCUGCCCCAACUGCGGCGGAGGCUUCGCGCCGCGGCCGAUUCGGCCUGCCCAAGAAUGGCGCAAGGGCGUGUUUUUGACCGCGCAACCGUCGUCUGAGAAGAGGGUGCAUACGAAAUACGCUCCUGAUGAAGUCGCGGCGUUCUCGGCCAAGAUACGCGCUAUACAGCCGCAGGAUCGCUAG